AUGGCCGAAUUCAAGCUCUCAGCGCAGCUUCUUGGCCACGAAGCCGACGUGCGCGCCGUUAGCUUCCCUUCUCCCGACUUCGCCCUCUCGGCAUCAAGAGACUGUACCGUCCGCAUAUGGCGACGAACACAAACCACGCCCCCAGCCUUUGAGGGCAGCCUCGUCAGCCGCGGUUCCGAAUACGUCAACACUGUGGCCUUUUUUCCGCCAAACCAAGAUCACCAGAACGGUCUCGUUGUCUCGGGAGGCAAAGACACAAUCAUUGAGGUCAAGUCGCCCAGCUUAUCAGCAGCCGAUAAUGCCGAGCGCCUUCUUAUUGGCCAUGCGCACAACGUGUGCACCCUCGAUGUUUCUCCCAAAGGGACGUACCUUGUCUCGGGAGGAUGGGAUGGCCAGGCCCGUGUGUGGAACCUGAGCAAGUGGGAGACUGAGCUCAUGCUCAGUGGCCACGAGGGCAUGGCUGUCUGGAGUGUCGUUGCCUUUGAUGAGACAACAGUGGUGACGGGAUGCGCUGACAAAAGCAUCCGAGUGUUUGAUCUGAAGCAGGCAAGAGGCGGCGAUGUCAUGCCGGCAGCCACCAUCUACACGCCCGAUGUUGUUCGAGCGCUGUGCAAGGUUCCCAAGGGUCACCCUAGCGGUGCCGAUAUCGCUAGUGCAAGCAACGAUGGUACUCUACGGCUGUGGAAGUUGAACGGUCAGCAGGUCGGCGAGCUCCAUGGCCAUGAAAGCUUCGUCUAUAGCCUGGCAAGUUUGCCAUCGGGUGAAUUGGUCAGCUCUGGAGAAGAUCGAACCGUCAGGGUAUGGAAGGGAACCGAAUGCAUCCAGACCAUCACACAUCCAGCGAUAUCUGUGUGGACAGUUGCUGUCAAUGCAGAAACAGGAGAUAUCAUUUCAGGAGCCAGUGAUGGCGUUGCGCGCAUCUUUACCCGGCGAUCAGAGGCUAUUGCAGAUGAUGCGACUCUCAAGGAAUUCCAAGCCUCGGUCCAAGCCUCGGCUAUCCCGCAGCAACAGCUUGGUGGCAUUAACAAGGAAAAGCUGCCCGGCCCAGAGUUCCUGACGUCCAAGGCAGGCACCAAGGAGGGCCAAGUUCAGAUGAUCAAGGAGAGCAACGGUAACAUCACAGCACACACAUGGUCCAUGGCCCAGCAGCAAUGGAUCAACGUUGGUACGGUGGUGGAUGCCGUUGGCAGCACGGGCAAGAAGGUUGAGUACAACGGACAGUCAUACGACUUUGUCUUUGACGUCGACAUCGAGGAUGGAAAGCCACCACUCAAGCUCCCCUAUAACCUCUCUGAGAACCCCUACGAGCGAGCUACCAAGUUCCUCAACGAUAACGAACUGCCCCUAUCCUAUCUAGAUAACGUGGCCAACUUCAUCACUGAAAACACCAAGGGUGCUACCCUUGGAAAAUCUGCGCCUUCUACGGGGCCCGAUCCAUACGGCACCGAGUCACGAUAUCGACCUGGAGACGAAGCUCAGGCUCAGACGGCAAAGGUGCUACCGCAGAAGGAAUACCUCAAUAUCUCUGCGGCAAAGUAUGAAGCCAUCCUAAACAAAAUCUCCAAUGUUAACAAAACUAUGGUGUCGUCUGGUCGAAAAGACGUGGCCCUUAAUCCAGGAGAAGAGAGUACCCUGCUUGCAUCAAAGGCAGCCCUAGAUGCUUCAAAGGCCAUCUCAACCCCAACUCUCAACGUAAUCCUCAAGAUUGUCACUGAGUGGCCUUAUUCUGAUCGACUGGCCGGCCUUGAUUUGCUGCGCUGUGUGGCGAGAUACCCUAUAGCUGCACAAUUUAAGGGUCCUCUUAACGAGAGCCUUCUCGAUAUAGCCGUUGCUUCGUCGAUUCCCGACGAUUUUCCACCCAAUGAGAACGCGGCUAUGAUGGGCGCUCGAACCAUUGCCAAUCUAUUUGGCUCUGCCGACGGACGAAGUCUUGCCAGCUCUCAAGCAGACAAGGCUAUUUCGUUCCUGGAACGCGUCACGGGGAUCAAGGGCGGAGAGCCAAUUGGCAAAUUCAACCGCAAUGUAUUGGUUGCUCUGACAACAGUGGCAGUCAACUAUUCUGUCCUUGUCAACAAGGAGAAACUCCUAGUUCCCGAACAACGACGACGCCUGGUGACUGUGCUUGGCGCUAUCCUUAAGGAGCAAACCGAUUCAGAGGUUCUCUAUCGUGCACUUGUUGCGCUCGGCACUAUCCUUUCAACUUCUAAGGAUGAAGCCAAGAGCCUAGGAGUCGCAGCAUGGAUAGAAGGAGCCGCGAACAAGAGCUCGGAGGAGAGGAUCAAGGGAGUCGCGAACGAGUGCUUAAAGGUAAUUCCGCGAUAAGCUUAGAGAAGAGACAACGAUUGAGGGAUAAGGGAAAAAAGAUUAUGAAUAGAAAUGAAGCACGAUGGGAUGACAUCUCGGCGCAUAAGCAUAAUAUACAAGGAUUUGGCAAGUGUGAAAUCAAAUCACAUUGCUCUAUAUAUAUAUAAGGUAUAGAUAUAUAUAUCUAUAUAUACACGAUUCGUUUAUAA